AUGGCGCAGAGGAGCCCAGCAGAGAACAGGAUUAACCUCCCCUACAGCGACCUGGCCUCUGAGGUGAACAAGCGCAGAGUUGCCAUGGCCACAAGAAAUGAAAAAAUCACCAAAAAAAAAGAUGAAAGUAGAGAACUGCCUUCCUGUUUGGGUAUGGAACAAGAGCCUUCUCCCAGCAAGGCCUACACCAUGGUACCUCCUGCUCCUCCUCCUUCUCCAGCUAAUUUCACAAACUCUCAAGCAAACCCACUGUCGAGUCUUGUUUCCUCCGACAUCAAUUUCUGCUCUCCCUGA